GCCUUUCUCCAGAUUUUCCUGGCCCUGAGGAAGUCCAGGUGAUGGCUGUACCAGGCCUGGGUCUCAGGGUGAUGUGGAAGCCCAGUGCAAGCGCUCGGUGGCUCCAGCCUGAGGAGUAUGUGGUGGAAUGGAGAGAAGAGAUCUCCAGCAACUCCGCCGGACAGUUGCUGAACUGGACACGGAGCCCCAGGGACAGCAGCAGCGCCCUGUUGAGAGGUAACUUCAGAGCAAAGGUGCCCUACCUUGUCUGCAUCUAUGCUGUGUAUGCUCAUGGGAGCAGCGCUUCAGUCCCUGUGCGAGCCUACUUCAAGGAAGGAGCACCAACAGCUGCUCCCCAGGCACUGCAGGACAGAAGCAUUUCACCUGCAGCCUCUCUCAUCUCCUGGGAGGAAAUUCCACUGGGAGAUCGCAGUGGACACAUCACCCACUACACGCUUUACCUGGGACAUCCCACUUUACGGAACGCCAAGGCAAACAGGACCAUUGUAGUUGGUGCUGCAGAGAGGAGCUACAUUCUCUCAGACCUGACGCCUGGGACUUCCUACCAGCUCUGCAUGACGGGAUCUACCUCAGCCGGGGAAGGUGUGCCCAGUCCUCUGCAUCGCUUCCACACUCCAGAUUCCCAUUGGCAGAUGCUCCUGGCAGUCCUCCUGGUUGUGGGAUUCCUGCUUUUCGUGGCCUUCCUUGUGGUGCUGGUUAAUUACAGAAGGGUCCUUGACUUCUGCCAUAAGAUCCUGCCUCCGUGGUGCUGGGAGAAGAUUCCAGACCCAGGGCACAGUGAUGUUACCUGGAGGAUGGAUGAGCACUGCGCUGCCCCUGGCAUGGAUGACCUAAGCCAAUGCCCAGUCAAGUUCCCAGAAGAGCUAGACAUUGUUGAGAUUAAGGAACCAGCCCCAGAGCAGACCACGCCCCUUGCCCCAGUGGAGUUCUCUGGCUAUGAGAAGCGAUUCAUGCCCACUUUGGAGGAGCUGCAGAGGCUGGCUUGAGAAGAGAAGAGAGGAUGCCUAUGACCUUUGGAGACCAAUGGGAGAAUGGGGACCUGAAGCUUAUUCCUACAGCCUCUGAUCUCUGGCUGGACCAGGGUCAGCAACCUUAUGCUCCCGCAUUUGUUCUUCAGCCUUGGACAUACUGUAGGAAAAGUGCCCUGCCAAUUUCUUUGGCUGGCUAUCAGAGCAUCUCUUAUGCCAUGGAUCAAAGGGCAGAACUGUCGGUUACAGCCCCAGGUGCUCUAACAGGUACUUGUGGCCUCAAAACAGCCACAGAGAGAUUCCUGGGAAGGAGGAAGCACAAUGAAGUUGUGGACUGAGCCUGGAUCUUCCCCAAGGCUCCCUGGUGUUAAGCUGUUACUACUUGGCUCGGUCUUUCUGUCGUCUCAGCUGUUUGAUCUCCACCUGGAUGCUGGAGCCUCUUGGUGUUUCGCAACUUUUGACUAGUUGCAGGACCUUAGCCAGACCUAGCAGAGUAAACGUAGAGUUCACAAAAGCAAUUGCCAACUGGCUGCAGACAGGAUGGACGAAGCAGGAACCAGUAACUUGUAGUUAUAGGUGUUUAUUUAUAUAUAGUGCACUAUUUACAGGAGCAGAACAGAACACGGAUCUUUGACUUGCUCUCUCUUACACGACUCACAACUCUCAACCUUACUCACUGACACUGAACUCAGAACUCAGAACUCUGAACUAACACAUUCCAGUUAAUAGGCCAUAAAUCAUCAUUCCCGUGAGAGAGCUUGACCAAUCAUGGAGCUGUCUCCAUGCCUCUGUAUCACCAGGCAGACUUACUCCUUCACAUUGCCUUGGCUGUCAGCCAAACCCUAAUCAACUCUUUGUGUGAAGCUGAACGUAUUCAGAUUCCCAACAGAGCCAUAGUGUCAAGGGGGGGGGGAGGGGGGUUGGUUCUUCCUUCCUUAAGCAGAGACAUCGUUCAUCUCAUUGGGGGCCAGUAGCUCAGAAGCACAAAGCAGGGGUGUAGGAAGGGGGCAGGGGGAGGCGGUCCGCCCCAGGUAUAAUCUGUGAGGAGGGUGACAAGAAGGCACACUGUGGGGGGCUCGCCCUGCUUCCCCCAUGUGUGG